AUGGAUCUGGUCAGAGUGGCAUUGCCUGAGCCCAGGUUGGCCAUGCCCUGGGGACCCAGCAAAUGUCCAUGGGGUACUCCUCAAAAUACAGUGUCUUGUUCUCUGGCUGAUGUAAUGAGUGAACAGUUGGCUAAAGAAUUGCAGUUAGAAGAAGAAGCUGCUGCUUUUCCUGAAGCUACUGUUGCUGAAGGACCAUUUAUUACUGGAGAAAAUAUUGACACUUACAGCGACCUAAUGCUGUCACAGAUGCUACAGAUGAAAUUUGAAGAAUGUGAUGCACAGCUUAGGCACGAAGAAAAAAAAUUCAAUGGAGAUAGCAAAGUUUCCAUUUCCUUUGAAAAUUACCGAAAAGUGCAUCCUUAUGAAGACAGUGAUAGCUCAGAAGAAGAGGUUGACUGGCAGGAUACUUAUGAUGCCCCCUAAAUACCAGAAAAACCAAUUCCUAUCCCGAAAAAGGGUUUUAUUGGAAAAGUAAAAGACAUCAUCACCAAGCAUGAUGAAGUAGUAUGUGGGAGAAAGAAUACAUCCAGAAUGGAAAAUUUUGCACCUGGGUUUCAGGUAGGAGAUGGAAUUGGAAUGGAUUUAAAACUAACAAACCAUGUUUUCAAUGCUUUAAAACAACAUGCCUACUCAGAAGAACAUCGAAGUGCCCACCUCCAUGAAAAAAAAGAGCAUUCGAUUGCAGAAAAGGCAGUUGAUCCUAAGACACAUUUACUUAUGUAUAAAAUGGUCAACUCUGGAAUGUUGGAUACAAUCACUGGCUGUAUUAGUAUAGGAAAGGAAUCUGUUGUCUUUCAUAUAUAUGGAGGGAGCUUGGAGGAGGAAAAGGAAGAUAGUAAAGUUGUACCUACAGAAUGUGCCAUCAAGGUAUUUAAAACAACUCUUAAUGAGUUUAAGAAUUGUGACAAAUAUAUUAAAGAUGAUUUCAGGUUUAAAGAUCGGUUCAGUAAACUAAAUUCACGUAAGAUCAUCCACAUGUGGGCAGAAAAAUAAAUGCACAAUCUCACAAGAAUGCAGAGAGCUGGAAUUCCUUGUCCAACAGUUGUACUGCUCAAGAAACACAUUUUAGUUAUGUCCUUUAUUGGCCACGAUCAAGUUCCAGCUCCUAAAUUGAAAGAAGUGAAGCUCAGUAGUGAAGAAAUGAAAGAAGCCUACUACCAAAUUCUUCAUUUGAUGCAGCAGUUGUAUAACAAAUGUGCACUUGUCCAUGCUGACCUUAGUGAGUAUAACAUGCUGUGGCAUGCUGGAAGGUCUAAAAUUUUAAUAUUAAAAAAAAAAGAAAUGUGGUAA